AUGAACAUUCGUCCAAGCGGUCAGUUACAAUCACAACAGGUGACCUUGACCAAAUUCAGACCAGCCUACAGUUACUUGGUUGUUCGCAAGCAGAAGACACCAGUCUGUUUCGAUGAUCAGAUGCCCUUCGCUUUGAAGAUUCGAGCAAGGAGCAAGUUGGAAUGCAUCGUUAAAUGCACGGCAAUGAAUGAGAAGGAGUUGAGAGGGGUGAACUACCACAUGACGUCAAGUGGAACGUGUUUCUGCUUUCCCAAAGCUAACACCACGUACAAAGUUUCUGCUAGUCUGCAGCCUGCCGGAUGUCAAAGUUUUGUUAUUCACGACUGUCCGGAUAACUUCGACUACGUUAUCGAGUACCACAAGUGUUACAAGAUGCAGUACCGACGUAACAACUGGUACACUGGCAGAUACCUCUGCAACAACAUCUCUUCAUCUCAUCCCAUCUUGCUUGAAGAUGAUGUCGAAAAUGCAAUCUCCCUGUCCUAUGUCAACUACACUACUCCAAAUUAUUCAGUGUGUCCUCACGCCGAAUGGACUGCCUGGUACACAUUCUUCACGGGGGGGUUAAUAACCUACGUCGGCGAAGUCAGGACACCGUUCAUGUGGUCCCCCUAUCCAGGCGUUUCCAAGUAUGUUGGAAGCUCAAAUGCCUGGUUCAGCGGCGAACCGAACGGACCUCUGGACGGACUGGAUUACUGCAUUCAGAGUAUCAUGGUUGGAACGACGGGAUGGGAUGACUACAUGUGCUCAUCUUCUCUCUGUAUGCUCUGCGAAGUUGAUAUUCCCAUGUAG